CACAGGUGAACAGGAGAGCAGCCGGGGACUUCAGGGUGAGCCAGGCCAGAGGCUGCUGUCAUUUAGCCAGUCAACCCAGACUUGUCCAGCGCCUUGCCACUUCCAGCCUGAGUUUGGGGAAGAAAAUGAGCAAGACCAUGUUGGAGAAGGUGGGACCUGCGCUGUGGUUGCUUUGCACAAUCUGGGUGGCUGUCGAUGCUAUUUCUGUGGAAACUACACAGGAUGUUCUUCGGGCAGCUCGAGGCAAGAGCGUCACUCUCCCGUGUACCUACAGCACCUCCGCUUCAGAUCGAGACGGAUUUAUUCAGUGGGAUAAGCUUCUCAGGACCGAAACGGAAAGAGUAGUCACUUGGAAGUUUUUGAAUAAACAGUACAUCUAUGGGAGCCGUUAUGAGAACCGUGUGCUAAUGUCCAGUGAUGUUGACCGCUCAGAUGCCUCUAUCACCAUCGACCAGCUGACCAUGGACGACAAUGGCACCUACGAGUGCUCCGUCUCCCUGUUGUCAGAUCUGGAUGGUACCUCCAGGUCUCGAGUCCGCCUCUUAGUCCUCGUUCCACCCUCCAAGCCAGACUGCAGCAUCAUAGGGGAGACAGUGAUUGGGAACAACAUCAAUCUGACAUGCCGGUCUGCAGAGGGCUCUCCGAGCCCACAGUACAGCUGGAAGAGCUACAAUGCCCAGAACCAGGAGCGGCCACUCACCCAACCAGCCUCAGGCCAGCCAUUGCUCUUGAAGAACCUCACCACGGAAAUGGCGGGCUACUACAUCUGCACCUCCAGCAACGAAGUGGGAGUGGAGUCCUGCAACAUCACGGUGGCUCCCAGACAGCCUUCCAUGAACAUUGCGCUGUAUGCGGGCAUUGCGGGAGGUGUGUUUGUGGCCCUCAUCAUCAUUGGCAUCAUCGUCUACUGCUGCUGCUGCCGGGACAAGGAUGAAAAGGCCGAGGAGGAGGACGCAAGGCCGAACCGAGCUGCUUACCAAGAGCCUCAAGAGAAGCGAACAGAAGUUUCCAGAGAGAGGGAAGACAAAGAUAACUACAGGAAUGAUGACCGGAGGAGCUCAGGGCAUAGCUCUCUAGACCAGCCCUUCAAGUGAAGGGGCCUGUUGCCCAGUGGAGAGGAGGCUAGGCUCCAGUCUCCUGCUUCUGGCCCCUUUUUCUUUCUAACCCCGUAAUCUUGCCCCUUCCCAGCCAUUGGCGGAAUGCAUCUUCGUGUGUGUGUGUGUGUGUGUGUGUGUGUGUGUGUGUGUGUGUGUGUGGUUUGGGGAGCAUCACUGGCCUGUCCUACCUGUUACCCUAACCACCACACUGAAAGGACCCUUGCCUUCUCCCUGGACCAGACAGUACCCUCUGCCUCCCUUGUGGUUGGCAGGGGCUUGGGGAAGCUCAGCACUGAGCAGGGGCUGCUUCUGUUCAGAGCUCCUCAUGCAGGCAGUGCCAGCUUCAGAGGGUGGGGUCUGCCCUGCCCACCAUGCCCAGCACUCAUGGGGAACCUGGGGAUGGUCUUGCACUCAAUAUUUGUGUUGAAUGAAGGAGAGGCAUCGAGGACACAGUAGAGCCCUGCUUCAUCUUGCCCUCCAUGCUUGGGGGGCACGGUGGCCUCCAGCUGCUCCCUUGGCCUCGUCUCCCGCCAUAUUGCUCCUGUUCCCAGACACAUGUCUUCUCAAGACUUCCCCGAACACAGUUCCAGCCCUGUCUGUCAAAAUCCUGCCUGUCCUUACAGCCCACCACUCACAGAUCCCACUGCUUUUCUUAAUCCUGUUGUGACCACUCCCAUGCAGGGAAGCAACAAAGUCAGUUGUCCUACGUCCAGACCUGGGUAACAGGCAAGGCCAUCAGAGCCCUUCUUCUUGGUGUAAUAGAGUAGGUGGCCCUGAAACCGGCUCUGGGUCUUGGAGCCUGGCAGCUUCAGCUGGGCACUUGCCCCCGUAGGCAGGGCUUUGUCUCUGGGUUGUGUCUUGGGACACCUGAUGUCUCCACCCAAGCUCUGUGCUAGUCUGGUAAGGUGGGCAGACUGAUUUAAAGUGAACAACACACCCAAGCUCACUUGCCUUCCACCCCUGCCCAGCCAUUGGCCUCUGAAUGCCCGCUGAGGCUCGCUGCCUUGCCCGCAGCCCCCACCCCCGCCUCCACCCCUUCCCCUCUGGUAAGUUCUUUCAGCUCCCCAGGGCUCAGGCCAGAUGGGCUGCUCCAAAUGUAUUUUACCAUCGGAUAAACUUUCCUGGAUCACUAGGAAAGCAAAUGUAUAAAUCCCUUGUCCCCUUCUGAUUUUAUUUACAUGUGUAUUUUUAUAGACUUUGCUAAACUCCUUGUUUAAUUCAAAAUGUUUCCUUAUCAAUAAAGUUACCGGUGGAAAUUCA